AUGAUUGCUGGUCUUUUUCUAGCCAUCCUCUGCUUGGAAGCCGACUUAACUGCCUCAACAUUAGAUCCUAGUUUGGAUGUUGCAUGGCAUGAAUGGAAGAUAAAACAUGGGAAAACAUUCAACAUGAAUGAAGAAAUACUAAGGAGAGCAGUGUGGGAGAAGAAUUUUCAAAUGAUUGAUCUGCACAAUUGGGAGUACCUUGAGGGGAAGCAUGACUUCACCAUGGCAAUGAAUGCGUUUGGUGACUUGUCUGAUGCAGAAUUCAAGGAAAUGAUGACUGGCUUUCAAAUGCAGAGGAUUAAGAAAACACAUGUAAUCCAGGAUCCUCUGUUCCUUUAUGCCCCCAAAUACGUGGACUGGAGAGAGCAAGGCUAUGUGACUCUCGUGAAGAAUCAGGGUCAUUGUGCCUCUAGUUGGGCUUUUAGUGCCACUGGGGCCCUAGAAGGACAAAUGUUCAGGAAAACAGGGAGACUGAUCCCCCUGAGUGAGCAGAACCUGCUGGACUGCAUGGGGUUGAAUGUUACCCAUGGCUGCAGUGGUGGCUUCAUGCAGGAUGCUUUCCAGUACGUGAAGGACAAUGGUGGCCUGGCAACUGAGGAAUCCUAUCCAUACAGAGGACAAGGUAGAAAUUGCACAUAUCAUUCUGAGAAUUCUGCUGCUAAUGUCACAGAUUUUGUGCAAAUCCCUGAAAGUGAGGACUCCCUCAUGAAGGCGGUGGCUAACGUGGGACCCAUUUCUGUUGCAGUCGAUGCCAGCCCUGUCUCCUUCCGGUUCUAUGAUAGUGGUAUUUACUAUGAGCCACGGUGUAGAAGCCUUCACCCAAAUCAUGCUGUUCUGGUGGUUGGCUAUGGCUCUGAAGGAGCAGAAUCAGAUGGCAACACUUACUGGCUGGUCAAGAACAGCUGGGGUGAAGAUUGGGGCAUGGAAGGUUACAUAAAGAUUGCCAAAGACUGGAACAACAACUGUGGAGUUGCUACACAUGCCAUCUACCCCAUCGUAUGA